GCUGCCUUAAUAGACCCGAGUGGCCCGCGCCGGUUGCACGCUCCGCGACUAUAUUCGAAAUUCGAAAAAUUCAAAUUCGAGUACCAAAUUUUUCGGCGGAAGAAAUUCGAUUAUUUUUUUUAAAUUAAGGUUAUGUUGUUGUUUUAAAAUGGAAGUUAGUGCGAUGCCUCCGAUGCCCCUGGACUUUUCCAUGGUGCGGAGCGGCGGCAGCUCCCCGGGACAGGAGCCCAGGCCUGUCUCCAACAGCGCCUUCAGGGUCGUCACACCCAAAGGUCUCUCAGCCAGUGAAGCUCUUCGUAAUGGUCUGUCUCUAUGGGGAGCACCUUCUAGACCGGAGCCCCGGCUCGCAUCAUCACCACCGCAACAUCCUGAAUAUACUGCUAGAGAGGAAAUCAAAUUCGGUAUCAAUCGGUUGGUGGCUGAGAAGGUGGAUGAAGAUGAUAAUGAGUCCCACAACGAGACGAGAGCUGAAAACGUGUCGCCAGCGUCACGCUGUGGAAGUCCAUGUUGGGCGCCAUCCCCCCAAUCUCCCCGAUCAGUGCGAUCUUCAUCCCCGGAGCUGGAAGUCGAUUCCCCACCCUCAUCGCCCAGAAGACCACCAGAUUCGUCCCCACCGUUGAAGAGAUCAGAAGCCUUCUCAGUCAGUGCACUGUUACGGCCUGAUGCACCGAAAAUACCCCCACAGAGACCUUUUUUAUAUCCACCUCUACCUAUCGCUGAAUUCCUCAGGGAUGCAGGCAGUUUCGGGUUGCCUGGUUGGGGAGGCUACAGCAAUUUAUACCUUCAUGCUGUCCAAGCGGCAGGGCCCGAGCUAUUAAGAUUACGAGCAGCUGUUUUGGGUGCCCCGAGCCCUUUAUCAAGGGGUCCUCUACCAAUUGGUGAUGUGUACUCCUGUGUCAAAUGUGAGAAGAUGUUCAGUACGCCCCAUGGCCUUGAGGUCCACGCGAGAAGGUCACACAACGGAAAGCGGCCCUUCGCUUGUGAACUAUGCAGCAAAACUUUCGGACACGAAAUCAGCUUAAGUCAACACAGGGCUGUGCACAGCGUGGAGAAGGUGUUUGAAUGCAAGCAGUGCGGGAAGACGUUCAAGCGGUCCAGCACUUUAUCCACGCACCUGCUCAUCCACUCUGACACCAGGCCGUACCCGUGCCAGUACUGCGGGAAACGGUUCCACCAGAAAUCCGAUAUGAAGAAACACACGUAUAUACAUACUGGUGAGAAGCCCCACAAGUGCCAGGUCUGCGGCAAAGCCUUCAGCCAGAGCUCCAACCUGAUCACCCACUCCCGCAAGCACACGGGCUUCAAGCCGUUCGCGUGUGACCUCUGCGGCCGCGCCUUCCAACGGAAGGUCGACCUCCGCCGGCACCGGGAGACACAGCACGCUGACCUCCGCGCGCCCAUGCAGCAUGACGUGCAUAUGCACGCGCCGGACAUGCACGCGGAACGGAUAGACAUGCGUCCUCCGCACCCCGAGCUGCGACAACCCGACUACCGGAUGACCGGUGUGACCCCUCUCCAACCGCUCCCCUCCUGAGCCACCGCCUUCGCGCACUGGCGCUGAGGGCAACCCAACCUUAUGUCUAUGCAAUAGAUACUACACCAAACGCUACCAAAGAUGGUUUUUGUUGAUGUGAUAUUGAUGUUAUAUAUAACGAGAUUUUUUCGGAAAAUUAUAAUUUUAAAAAAUAUUUUGCACUCACUAAAAUAUUACACUCUUAGAAAGUUUACAUUGUACAGAUUUUUUUUUUUAAUUUUGCCGAUUUACUUUAUUUCAAUCCAGAGCUGGAUUGGAUCACUGGAUUGGAAUGGUGUAAACCCGCUAUAAUGUUCGCUUUCAUAGUCUAAGAGCCACGUUACCGUUUUAGCGAAUUAGAAAAUUGUGUAUAAGUUUUGAUCUCGUCGGUACUGUAUAUUGUAAAUUAUAUACAAUAUAUACGACUCACGUUAGUAUGUGUGUAUAUUUAAGACUUCAAGGUUCAUACUACUUUAAAUAUUUGUAAUAUUAUACUUGCA